GCUUUUGUCUGAUUGAAAAGUCACAUGUGGUGGUGUCGUUUGUAGCUAUCUAACUGCCUCCACCUAUCUAUCUAACACCAAACCAAACCAUCUUCUAACAUCCCCACGUCCACACUUUCCCACCCCAUUUCCCAAACAUCUACCAAAAUGCAAGACCCCCUCGCCUCCCCCAACGCCUACGCCCGCGCAACAGCAACAGCAGCAUACAUCCGCUCGCAACUCCCCCCCGCACUGCAAAACCCACGCGUAGGCAUCGUAUGCGGCUCUGGUCUAGGCGGCCUCGCCGACACAAUCGAGGCUGAGCCAAAAGUCGAAUUGGCAUAUGGCACGAUACUGAACUUCCCCCAGAGUACAGUCGUGGGACAUGCGGGCAAGUUUGUGUUUGGGCAGAUUGGGCCCCAGAAGACGCCUGUAGCGCUGCUUGUAGGACGAGCACAUUUCUAUGAAGGACACACGAUGGACUUGGUCACGUUCGCUACCCGCGUGUGCAAGAUACUCGGCAUUGAGACCAUGAUCGUCACAAACGCAGCUGGUGGUCUCAACCAGACUUACCACGUGGGAGACAUAGUUUGCCUGAACGAUCACUUGAACAUUGCCGGUCUCGUUGGUAUGCAUCCUCUGCGUGGCCCCAAUAUCGAGGAGUUUGGCACACGUUUCCCGCCUCUAUCGGAUGCGUAUGACCUGGAUCUCAGGAGACGUACUCACAAGGCGUGGAAGAAGCUGGGCCUCGACCAGCAGAAGCGGAAGUUACACGAGGGCGUGUAUGCGUUUGUUGGUGGACCAACCUACGAGACUCGUGUAGAGUGCCGAAUGCUAAACAUGCUUGGGGCUGACGUCGUGGGCAUGUCGACUGUACCUGAAAUCAUCGUCGCACGACACGCUGGCAUGCGUGUUCUUGCUUUCAGUCUGGUGACAAAUGUCGCUGUAUUGGAUGCAGGCGCUCGUGGAGACGAUGCAGAGAUCCAAACGAUGAACAGGAGAGAACUGACUGAGCACAUGAGCAAAGGCAAGGCGAACCAUGAGGAGGUCUUGGAGGCAGGACGAGAGGCAGCCAAGGAUAUGCAGGCGUUGGUCAAGCAGAUCCUGUCUGAUCUUCAGGACGAAUAGGCGUGGUUCCGACCAAAUGGUUGACAGCAACAGCUGGAGCGACCAUGGUCCGAGAGUAGUCUGGGCUGAUAGAGCACCAUAGCACAACGAAUACAGACUAAAACAGACUGCAUCAUCGAAA